AUGUCAUCGCCCUCGACCUCCUCCCCAGAUGACCAGCGCCAAAGACUCCAGCAAUCAACGAUGCCUCGUGUCUACCCUCCGAUCGAGGGAAGACAGACUGGUGCUGGACUGUCUCCCUCGCUCAUAGAGACUGUCGCCGGCUUCAGCGCCGGAAUUAUUUCUACUCUGGUUGUUCAUCCGUUCGAUGUCGUCAAAACACGCCUGCAGGGUGUGUCUUACCCUGAACAUCUGGAAACCCGGUCGCUUGCUAAAAUAGGCCCUGUACAGNUGGAUCCGAGCACAACCAGCCACUUGGGCGACUCAGUGCGCAUAGUCAAGAACAUUGUCAAAAAUGAGGGCGGAUAUUCAGCUUUGUACCGUGGUCUUAUGCCCAACAUGGUCGGAAACUCUGNNUACGGCAACAUCAAGGAUCUGAUCAAGACCGCUCGAGGCAACCCAGAUGUUCUUACAUCCUACGAUUAUUUCCUGGCUUCUGGUACCUCUGGAAUAUUGACUGCGCUCUGCACAAAUCCCAUAUGGGUCAUCAAGACGCGCAUGCUAUCUACCUCCCGUGAUGCACCAGGGGCAUACAAGUCGAUCCGUCAAGGAACGACACAUCUUUGGAAGACAGAGGGCUUGAAGGGCUUCUAUCGCGGCCUCAUACCAUCUCUCUUUGGCGUCAGUCACGGUGCUAUUCAAUUCAUGGCAUACGAACAACUCAAGAACCAUUGGAGCACAAGCCGGGGUGGCAGAGACAACCUUACCAAUCUGGAUUUCCUGUUACUGAGCGCCGUCAGCAAAAUGUUUGCUGGUAGUGUCACUUAUCCCUAUCAGGUUGUGAGAGCACGUCUUCAGACGUAUGAUGCCGACUCGCGAUACAAAGGUGUGAGAGACGUUGUCAAGCAGGUCUUCCAGAAAGAGGGUCUGAAGGGGUUUUACANNAAGGGUACGUACUCCGCCGCCGCCGUUACUGUGUCAUUUUCUAACUCGAUGGUUACUAGGCUUGGACCCAACAUUGUACGCGUCCUCCCCUCGACUUGCGUAACCUUCUUGGUGUACGAAAACACCAAAUUUUACCUGCCUCGCUUCUACCAGUCGUAUCAGGAAGUCAGAGGGGUCGACUGA